AGCGAGCAGGUGGCGCGCCGGCGCCGGGAAGAGAGCAGGAGAGGCUCCCCGCGGGGAUGGAGCGUCGUCGGGGGCGAAGGGAGAGCGGGCGCGGGCUUGAGUCCCCGGCCAGGAGCUGCCUGGGGGCCAGGAUGCGGCGGGCGAGGCGGCGGCGGCGCUGCUGCUGCUGUGGCUGGAGGGGCGCCGCGCCGGCCCCGAGCAUCCUCCUGUGGUGCCUGGGCGGCUGGGCUCUGCUGGGCUGCCGGAGCGCCGAGGCGGUGGCGGCUUCGUCCAUCCUGCAGCUGCCUCAGUGCCAGGAGACAGAGUACCACUUUGAAUACACGGAGUGUGAUAGCAGUGGGUCCAGAUGGAGAGUUGCAGUCCCAAACGUGGAAUGUUCUGGUUUACCUGAUCCUGUCAAAGGGAAGGAAUGCACUUUCUCAUGUGCUUCUGGGGAAUACCUAGAAAUGAAGAACCAGGUGUGCAGUAAAUGUGCCGAAGGAACCUACUCCUUGGGAAGUGGGAUCAAAUUUGAUGAAUGGGACGAGCUGCCUGCAGGAUUCACCAAUGUAGCCACUUACAUGGACACAGCCAUGGGCUCGGCUGAGAGCAAAGCAGACAGCUGUGGCAAAUCAUCAUGGACUCCUCGUGGGAAUUACAUUGAGUCAAACAGGGACGACUGCACCGUCUCCUUGAUCUACACGGUGCACCUGAAGAAGUCGGGUUCCGUCAUCUUUGAAUACCAGUAUAUUGACAACAACAUCUUCUUUGAGUUUUUUAUUCAGAAUGAUCAGUGCCAAGAGAUGGACUCCACAAGCGAUAAAUGGAUGAAGCUGACAGAUAAUGGCGAAUGGGGCUCCCAUUCUGUAACGUUGAAAUCUGGCACUAAUGUAUUAUACUGGAGAACAACAGGAAUCCUUAUGAGUUCUCAGGUGGUGAAGCCUGUCCUCCUGAAAAACAUCACCAUUGAAGGAGUGGCCUAUACAUCCGAAUGCUUUCCCUGCAAACCUGGCACAUUCAGCAACACACCUGGCUCUUCCACUUGCCAGCUCUGUCCUAGGAAUACAUACUCGGAAAAGGGUGCCAAGGAAUGCACCAAGUGCCAGGAAGAAACACAUUAUGCAGAGGAAGGAUCAAGCCAAUGCAUUGAACGUCCUCCUUGCUCAAAGAAAGACUUUUUCCAAAUCCACACACCAUGUGACCGAGAUGGGAAAACUCAGCUCAUGUACAAAUGGGUAGAGCCUAAGAUCUGUAGGGAAGAUCUUUCCGAAGCAGUGAAGCUGCCUCCUUCUGGAGAGAGGAAGGAGUGCCCCCCUUGCAACCCUGGUUUCUACAACAACCGCUCCUCUUUCUGCACUCCUUGCCCCCUGGGCAUGUUUUCUGAUGGAACUCGAGAUUGUGAGGCCUGCCCUGCUGGUACAGAACCUGCUCUGGGCCUGGAAUACAAAUGGUGGAACGUGCUCCCUUUCAACAUGAGGACUUCUUGCUUCAAUGUUGGAAAUUCAAAAUGUGAUGGGAUGAAUGGCUGGGAAGUAGCUGGUGACCACAUCCGAAGUGGGGCAGGAGGGACGGAUAACGAUUAUCUCAUUGUGAAUCUUCACGUACCAGGAUUUAAGCCUCCGACUUCCAUAGCAGGGGCGACGGGGUCAGAACUUGGACGGAUUGCGUUCGUGUUUGAAACUGUCUGUUCGGCAGAUUGUGUGCUGUAUUUCAUGGUGGACAUCAAUAAAAAGAACACAAAUGUAGUGGAAUCGUGGAGCGGAACUAAGGAGAAGCAGUCGUAUGCUCACAUCAUCUCCAAAAACGCUUCUUUUACAUUUACAUGGGCUUUCCAGAGAACAAAUCAAGGCCAAGAUACCAGGAAGCUCAUCAAUGAUGUGGCAAAGAUCUACUCGAUUACUGUGACCAAUGCAGUCGAUGGUGUUGCCUCAUCGUGCCGUGCCUGUGCCAUUGGUUCUGAACAGUCUGGCUCCUCCUGCAUUCCCUGCCCUGCUGGUCACUACAUAGACAAGGAAACCAACCAAUGCAAGGAGUGUCCUCCUCAAACCUACCUGUCAAUUCAUCAAAUGUACAGCCAAGAACCAUGUAUCCCUUGUGGGCCUGGCAGCCAAAGCACCAAGGACCAUUCCGCCUGCUUCAGUGACUGCUUGUUCUCAUAUGUCAAGAACAACCAGAGCCGGACUUACGACUUCAGCAACCUGAGCAAAGGAGGCUCAUUAAUGAACGGACCAAGCUUUACGGCGAAAGGAACAAAAUUCUUCCACUUCUUCAACAUCAGCCUGUGUGGGAACCAAGGAGAAAUGACAGCAAUUUGUGCAGACAAUAUCACAGAUAUCAAGCUAAAGGAUAUGGUUGCUGACUCAGAAGAUUAUUCCGACAUUGUACGGGCCUUUGUCUGCCAGUCUACCAUCAUCCCACCUGACAGCAAGGGAUUCCGAACUGCUUUGGCACUUCACUCCAGCAGCCUUGCAGACGUGUUUCUCGGAGCCACCAUUGAAACAACUCUGGGAAAUAUUAAUGUUAAGCCGGAAAUAUUUGAGCAUUCUGAAAAGACAAUACCUGAUGUGUAUUUCUAUUACAAGUCUUCAAGAGUUACAGCCACUUGUGAAAAUGGACGUGCUUCUGUCGUGAUACUGAGAUGUAACCCAACAAAAUCUGACCAAGGAGAAAUUUCAGUUCCCAGUUCUUGCCCUGCUGGUACCUGUGAUGGGUGUACAUUCCACUUCUUGUGGGAAAGUGCAGAAGCCUGCCCCUUGUGCACAGAGCAGGACUAUCAUGAGAUUGAAGGGGCUUGUAAAAAGGGGCAUCAGGAAACCUUAUAUGUAUGGAAUGAACCAAAGCUUUGUACAAAAGGGGUUUCCCUGCCUGAAAAAAAGACAAUCAUUUGUGAAACAGUGGAGUUCUGGCUAAAGGUUGGUGCAGGUGUUGGUGCUUUCACAGGUGUCCUGCUGAUUGCCUUAACCUGCUAUUUCUGGAAGAAGAAUCAAAAGUUGGAGUAUAAAUAUUCUAAACUGGUGAUGACAGCAAAUUCAAAAGAAUGUGAGCUUCCUGCUGCUGACAGCUGCGCGAUCAUGGAAGGGGAAGAUAACGAGGAAGAAAUAGUAUAUUCGAACAAACAGUCAUUACUAGGAAAACUCAAAUCAUUGGCAACCAAGGAAAAGGAAGACCGCUUUGAAUCUGUUCAGCUGAAAUCCUCAAGAUCUCAAAAUAUAUGAAGACUUUAACUCUGCCUUUGAACCAACAAACCUGAUCUUGAUUUAAGCAGGAGCACAUUUCUAACAUGUCCUGGUUUGUGUCUGAAGGGUGGUUUCCUGUGGGAAAUGUUGCACAGUCCAACAUGAAGAAACCAGCAGGGAAGAACACGAGAGACUGUUGCCUUAUUGUGAGACUGAGUCACUUGCCAAAAAGGAAAGUCAAGCAGAUGAGCUCAUGAGCUGGGAAUGAAGGUCUGCUCAGGGACAAAGGAAACAUGGGCAGUGGCAGCCCAAGAUGUUUGGGCACUUGCUGCAGAAAACCCAAAAUGGCACCUCCCAGAGUAGUAACAAUAUAUUAAGAAAGACAGAAGAUGGUUUGCGGCCCUUUAAUGUUCUCUGCCCCUGUGAGGUGGGUUGCUUCACCCUGUACUGCCUAAGAAAGAGGUCAUAUCCUGACAUGAAGUUUACAUGGCAUGGCACAUGCUUCAUUAUUUGUAUCCCCUUUUAGUCCCAAUCACUUUUGUCACUUAGCCGAAACAGAGACUGGCUUUUGGAAAGAAUAGAGAUGAUUCCUUAGUCACUACAGGUAUCUGUGGAGGUGGCAGGAUCCUGGCUUUCUCUUGAAAUCACACCACUAGUCACUACUUGAAACCGAAGACCUGCAGACAGGCUUCUUUUUACUCCUCAGAAAGGAGAGUGCUUGUAAUGUAAAUCUGUAGUGUUUUGCCUCACAUUAAGAAUUCAGCUUCUGCUCCUGCAGAAUCAACUUCUGGAGUGAAAAGACAUCAUUAAAAUGCAAGGCCUCUGAAAGGCUAGCAGUACAAUCCUGUGUACGUUUACUCAGAUGUGGAGUUUUCUCCUGUGUAAGGAUGUUGUUUAGGAUUGCAGCUUCACUUGAAGGUCACUUUGCUAGUUGAGGAACAUGGCGAGACUUAAGACGUCUAGCUUGGAGGGUCGUCAGGUGGAUGUAACUCCCCAUGGCAAGCCCUUUUGGGAUGGAGCAAUGCUUCCCAUUCCAAAUGGUGCAGUGACAUGGUCAAGAUUGUUGCAAGCGUGUAGGCUGGAUGCAAGGGGCAGCUUUGAUCGAGUUUCAUGUCAAGCAGCAACCGUAUAGCUUUUGGCAUUUAAGAAAUGACCCUUAAGGACCCUUAAUGUUCAGAAACUAAAAAGGAGAAGGGAUCCCGAAGAGGUCAGCCACUUUGCACACUGCACCGGGGCAAUGCAUGAGUGCUUCUGUAAGUCAUUCCUCAACCUGGGAGGAAAUAUUCGAUCCAAAUUUGACAUGUUUGGGCCUCAAAAGAGAGACAUUGAUAUGCUCUGGUGUUCCUGUGACUUCUCUGCCUCUUUUUGUUAGAUUUUCUUAGGUGGGAGACUUGACCCUUUUGAAAUGAAAAGUAAUGUCUGAAGUAGCCCCUGGUCUAAUGACUGGGAAGCACUGCAGUCGGGUCCUAAUGCAGUCACCAAAACAGAACUUCUUACACUGGAGCUUGUAUUGUAAAUUCAAAGUCUGCGGACUAAUCUGAAGCAGGUGAAGGCAGCGUCAACCCCUGGAUGUGUCCCCUUCCAAACCUCCCUCUGCCCCACCCCACUGACUUACAGGUGAGUUGCCCCAGAGGACUAGCCUGAUGACUUGAGCGCCAAGUGCGGAAUGCCCAGGGGCACCUUCAACAGGGUAGCGGGAGAUGGCCCGUCCGCAGAUACAGCAGCAGUAAUCUAUCAGUGGUGACCAUGGCUUCAUCAGCUGAAAAGAUUAUGACUUUGACCACGGAAAUCAUUCUGAGUCACUGCAACUGUAUCCGUAGCUGAGUGACUCUUGCCUUGGCUCUGGAUGCAUUGAGUGGAGUCUAGUUUGACCACAUGAAAAUAUGUGGCUUCGUCAUUUGGCUUCCUCAUAUGAGAGCUCAGUUUCCUUUAACCCAGCAAGUUUUAUUGCUCUGCCUGUAGUUCACCAAGGGCCUUGGCCUGAGAUCUUUCCCAGCCCCAUCUCAGAUAAGGGGGAUUGACAAUGGAACCGUCUGUACAUUUCAUGUGCUCUGUGCACAGCUAUGGACCCUCCCUGCCCCACAUGAACCAGCUUGUGGAAAUUCUUUAUGGAGAUCAUUUACAUUUUUCUCUUAUCUGUAGUCCUCAAGUAGAGCUGCUCUUCCCUCUUCUUCAGGGAUUGAUUAAGAGGUAGAAAUAACUGCACCCUCAGAGUUGUACGCAUGGUACUUCUGUUUUCUCUAAGCCAUGGAUUUCCGUGAAGGUAUUUGGGAAAGAUCUGGCAAUCUUCCGUAGGCAGUGUGUGCUGCCCCUAGGCCAUUAUUUCCCAAAACAUCCCCCAUGUUUGGUAUUUAUUGCAACAGCAUUGUAGUGGUAUACCUGUCUGAUACUAAGGCCAUGUGUAAUAAAGCCAUUUUAUAGUGUCGUCCAUGGUUAAAGUGUACCAUCUAAUUGGGCCAUCUCGGAGGCAGGCAAGGUGGGGAAUUUGUUGGAAUCCCCAAAACAGCCUUUGGCAACCGGGUGCCCUCCAGAUGUUUUGGACCACAACUCUCAUCAGCCCCAUCUGAGUCCGACAAAGAGACCUCUGCCCACAACAACGUUGUGCUUCUUUCUUUGACUUCCAGCUUCGCACAUCCCGUUUCAUUCAGGUAGAUCCAAUGAGGGACCCCCAAGGCCAGCCCUGGAUGCAUUGGACUAAUUGAUGUCAUCGGCUGUGAUUGAGUGCCUGCUAUGCACUGAAGUUUCCUUUUCUGCUUUUUAGAAGCUAAGAAAUCUACAACAAAACGGAGUGCUCCUCUUUAGUGUACCAGCCAGCCGUUCCAUUCCGUUCCCCUUCCCUCCAAGUUUUCAUUUCUCACCCAACAGGCACAGAGCCCUCUCUCCCUACUUCUGUAAAUCUUGGGGUUUCUCAAAGCAUGCUAAUAACUCCCUCUUGUUUCUAAACCAGGCAACUCCCAGUUUAGGUGCAUCCAAUACGCGCAUAACCAUGCACAUGCGCACAGCACUGAACCCAAAAAUGACCCCCCAAAGUCAUAAAGACAUCACUGAAACAUCACUAAAAGGUUGAAAUGGGGGUGGAGCAGAGGCAGAGGCAGAACAGGGUGCUUGCAGGCUUUUUAAAUGGGUGUUUGAUGACAUGUGAUUUCACGCAUUGAUCUGGAAUGCAACCUGUGCACCAACAGGGAGUUGCCUGCAGUCCUGUUUUGGUCUCAUGUUGUAACUUUGCGCUUCACUUUGCUGUUGGCACAUACCACCUCUUUGCUAAAGAGCAUUGAAUUCUGCCUAGCAAGGAAGUUCUACAAGUAACUUUAAUUUUUGGAGGGCAAAAUUUGGUACCCACCAUAUGCCCAGUCCACCUGAAUAAAAACCAAACUAAUUUCACCUCAGUCAGAUGUUCACACUUGAAACAUUAUACAGUGCUCCCAUUGCUUUGUCAAGUUAUCUGUUCUUAAACUUUUAUAAUAGCUGUUUGUCUCAUAAAGUUCUCUUUUGUUAUUUGAGUUACCGUAUACCACCUACUCAUAAUGGACAAAUACGGUUUAGACCUCUCUUAGCACAUAGCGCAGGUAUGAAACUCCAAAGUGUAAAAACUGCCCUUCGUUGAACUUGGGAGGCAAGGGAGCUCCAGCUGGAUACUGGAGCCAGUUGUCAGUCAACGUAUACUGGGUAGAGGGAAAUCAGAAUUAGAAGUUAUUUGCCUCCCAAAGUCUCGGUAUCCAGAAAAGCAAAACUCCUGUUUCUGAGACCAAUCCAAAAUGCUGGUCAAUAAAAGUCCAAAAUAGUUUGGGACUAGGAUGUUGACAAGGUCAUUUUCUCACACAAGAUCCUGCCUAUUUAUUCACCUCUUUGGUUGAUGCUCUGGGUCAGGAUCCCAAUGGCUAGUGGACAUCUUGGCCUGGGGGCCUAUUCUGGCACUUUUCUCUGUUGAUAUUUAGAUUUCCAAUGAAGACUUGUUUGUUCCAUCCCAGAGAAGAUCUUAACUAUAUUUUACCAGCUCAAGUUGAGUUGACUCUUCAAUUUUGUUGUGGGUGGGUGUGCUGCUGACGCUGUUUUAAUUUUAUUAAUUUUAAAUAUCACUUUAUAUUUUAUUGUGAUCUUAUAAAAUGGUGGAAGUUACUCAUUGUGGCAGGAUACACAUAUAUUUUAAAUAAAUAAGUAAAUUUG